GGAUAUAAAGUACUCCGUGAAGAGUUUGUGUGUUUUUCCUAUUUUUCUUGAACAUGGGGGGUUUUUCUUUUUUCAACCAAAAUCGGUAUUUGUUGACUUCAAUCGCGGACCAUGACUAAGUACCUAACAUCUGCGCCGCUGCUAAUCGGAGGACACAGGACGGAGUAUCACCGCCAUUUGCUACAAAGUCACAUAGUCACGACAAGCUUUUGUUUUUUUGCACAACAUGAUCAAGUUCCGGUUGACGGAUUGGUUCGUGUCGCUUUUGGGACUCUUGUUGUUGCGGGGCGCUUGUGACGGACUCGUCGAGGCGCAGGACAAUCAGAAUUCGGGUUCGGGUUCAGAUCAAGACUUUACGAUAAUCAAUGGUCAAAUCUUUACGCCUGGGUUGGCCAUUGUCGAUGCGCCGCAGCCUGGUACACCCGAGGGAGGUGAUUCUCUCCAGGUUGCAAUCGACAUUUCGGGAUCAGGUCGCUUGACUUUUCCCUAUCCCCGAAACUUCGAUACGGGGAUCAACAACAUCACGAUAUUCCUGUUUAGCUAUGACACAGGUUUGAACUUGACAAUCUCCAACGGCACGAGCGUGGGCUGGAACAAUGCCAGCACUCUCGAGCCGGAGGAGUUUGACUGUGGGCGAGUGACGAAAGAAGGAUGGGCGAACGCGGGCUGUGAACCCAUCAUGAGCCGGGAACCGAGCAGCACCGUCAAACAUGUCAACUGGGCAUACCCGGAUUGUUUGGUCGGGAAUGGUGAUGGAGGAGGAUUCAGAGGGAUUUAUAAUAUUUCGAUCCACGAGUCUUUCCGUGCCAACGAUACCGACUUCUACACUAUCUUCAACUUACCGAUCGACGUGAAGAACAGCAUAUCAGCAAAGAGCCAAUUGAGUGGGAGUGGUGGCCGGCCGUUGUGUAGUCUGAGGGGCAACGCCAUCCAGAGUCAGAGGUUGCAGGACGAGAGCAUCAGUCCACCAGCGAACCAGCCUUUCCUGGGAGGUACUGUAAGUAGCGGAGGUGGAAGUGGGAGUGGUGGAGGUCCGGAUCAGGGUCAAGGUAGCAACGAUGGUGGCAAGGACAAUGGAGCAGAUGAGCUGGUAGUGGGAGGAAUGUGGUGUUGGGCGCUGCUCGGAGUCAUUGGCCUCAUCGUGAUGGUGUGAGGGUGCCUUCAACGACCUGUCUUUCUUUGAACAAGUGCAGCGCCUGUUCGUGUAAGCCCUGGAGGUAAAGUCCCGGAUACAGUAUCCUUCAGCAAAUAUGGCACU